GGCCAUAGAGAAUGGGUGGCUGAAGUAGACUUUCUUGGGCAGCUUCACCAUCCUAAUCUUGUUAAACUCAUUGGGUACUGCAUCGAAGAUGAUCAUAGGCUGCUUGUGUAUGAAUUCAUGACCCGCGGAAGCCUUGAAAACCAUCUUUUCAGAAGGACCAUACCUCUCCCUUGGUCCAACAGAAUCAAAAUUGCACUUGGUGCAGCUAAAGGCUUAGCAAUUCUCCAUGGAGGCAAUGAACCUGUCAUAUAUAGAGAUUUCAAGACAUCUAACAUUUUGCUUGAUUCGGGAUAUAACGCGAAGCUCUCAGACUUCGGUCUGGCUAAAGCCGGUCCUCAGGGAGACAAAACUCAUGUUUCUACAAGGGUUGUUGGGACAUAUGGAUAUGCUGCUCCAGAAUAUGUAAUGACAGGACACUUGACUUCUAAGAGCGAUGUUUACAGCUUCGGAGUGGUCCUUCUUGAGAUUUUAACAGGCAGGAGAUCGAUGGACAAGAAACGCCCUAGUGGGGAACAAAAUCUUGUUACCUGGGCUCGCCCAUAUUUAGCUGACAAGCGAAAGGUUUACCAACUUGUGGAUCCUCGCUUAGAAUUGAAUUACUCCAUAAAAGGCGUGCAAAAAGUUGCUCAACUAGCUUACAACUGCCUCAACCGGGAUCCAAAAUCGCGCCCGUCAAUGGAUGAAGUUGUGAAGGUUCUCACACCAUUGCAAGAUCUCAAUGACCUCGCCAUAUUAUCGUGUCACGCUCGGUUAUCUCAACCGGGGAGGCGAAAGAAGAAACUGAAUGAAGCUCACCAGCGCAGCCAUAGCCAAUCAAAAAGCAUUCGAGACUCUCCUGUGCAUACUAGUAAGCAACAUUGUAAAUAAAGGCUAAGUCAGUUUUUGCCUUGAAACCUAAUAUUUGGAUGAAAUUUCAAUGGAAAUGGAUUGUGUGGUGCCAAUAGUUCAAGUUUUUGUUAUAAUUUUUUGGGUGUUUGAAAUUAUACAGAGCCAAGGGACAAUGUAAGAGAAUCAUUUUUUUUUCUUU